AUUAGAAUCUGUCAGUUGUCAAAACUCAAAGUUGAAUCAUAAUUCAUAUUUGUUUUUUUGGUAAAUUUAACAAAUCCUAAAAAUAUUAUUUUAAAGCAUUCUUCACUACCUUUUUAUUGAAGUUUCAAACAAGUUUCUCAUUAACUUUGGAACAUUCGACAGAAAACAUUAUUGAUUUAAAUAUGGCAGAAGUGUCCUGGCCAUGGCAAUAUAGCUUUCCUCCUUUUUUUACGAUCCAACCACACUCCGAAACACGUCAAAAGCAACUAGCCGCAUGGGAGGAACUUAUUGCACAGUAUUUAAAGGUCACAAAGCAAUAUUUAAUAGAUAUCAGAGAGGCUCUAAACACACCACUGUUUAACAAUGCUGCGAUUAACAGACGAUUAUCACAAGACGCUAUAUUAACAAUAUUAGAAGACAUGGCAAGGUGUGGGAAAGCUGCGCCUAUAGAUAAGACCAAGAAUGUAUGGGAAGUGUAUUGGCAUUCGUUGGAUGAGUGGGGCAAUAUGGUAUAUAACUGGGUCAGUGCUAACGGCUUGAAUAACUCUGUGUGUACGCUCUUUGAGUUGAGAGAAGGCGAAAAUACGGAGGGAGAAGAGUUCCACGGACUGGAUAUAAAUAUUUUAAUAAAGGCACUAAAAACUCUAGAGGUGAAAGGCAAAUGUGAACUAAUGGAAUUUGAUGACAACCAAGGUGUGAAGUUCUUCUGAAUCUGAUGUCAAUUGUGAUACUCUAUCAUUAUGUUGCAUUUUUGUUAAGUUGUACACAUUUAUAUUCUAAUUAUAUGGUCCUAUUAAUAUGA